AUGACCUCUGUCGUUUCUAAGUUCAUCAUCAAAACCCUGUGCGACAACAAGGGAUGCCUGGACUUCGAGAGCCUGGAAAAGGCCAUCGCGGGGACCUUUACGGUUGCGGACUCCGUCCUGCGCAGCGUCCUGUUUGACGACGGUAAAAUAGCGAUCCGUGAAGGGAGCCGGAAGGGCUCGGCUCAGCUGAUCUCCCCGGACAGUCUGAUAGUGGCUAAAACUAGUCUGAGGAUAUGUCAGAAAAAGCCCGACGAGUGCGGACUGUGUGAAGAUUUACACCUCUGCAAGUAUUUUGUUUGCGGCGAUUGCUUGUUCAAGAACAAAUGUAAAAAAUCCCACAGUCUGGCUUCUCCACACAACGCAGAGCUUUUAAACAAAUACGGCCUCCAAGAUCUGACAGAGAAGCAGGUGUUCCAGCUGUUACUGCAGAAUGACCCUUAUCUACUUCCUGAGAUCUGCCCACACUAUAACAAGGGCACUGGGUUGAACGGCUCCUGUAAGUUCACCGGCACCUGCACCAAGCUCCACGUCUGCCUGCACUAUGUCCAGAAUGACUGCAAGUUUGGACCGUCGUGCAAGAGAAGCCACGGCAUCGACGCGCAAGGAAGGAACCUCCUCAAAGGAUUUAGUGAGGAGAAUAUUAGAGACCUUUAUGGGAUCUACAGAAAUAGAUUCAUCAUCAUGAGUCAGCAAGUUACUCCUGCUGCUGUGUUGCCACAGGUAAGGACCCCCAUAAAGCUGCCUUCCCACGUCGACCCCGGACCCCCCACUACUUCCAGCCCCCCACCUCAAACGAUCAGCACCGACGCUGACAAAAAAGAAAUCUGCCUGUACUUCAUUCGGAUGCAAUGCCAGUACAAAGAUAAAUGCGCUCACGUCCACUGGCUCCUGCCGUACAAGUGGGAGGUUCUGGACCGCGACGGAAAAACCUGGAAGGACCUGGAGAACAUGGAGGACAUUGAGAAGGCUUACUGUGACCCCAAGCACGACACCAGCUGCAUGGAAGAACUCACGCCCCCCUCAGCCAUUUUAAAUUUUUUUGGGAUUCAGAGCCCUGCAUCCCCUGCUGUGCAGUCUGUCAACUUCCUGACUAUGACAUACGGGGGUUCUCGGGUGCGUCGUCUGUCCACUGCCUCCUCUGUCUCAAAGCCACCUCACUACAUCCUCACAACGCAGUGGCUCUGGUACUGGAGGGAUGAGAAUGGGCAAUGGAAAGAGUACGGCCAGGGAGACAGUGAUACAGAAGCUUCUGUUACUUCUCAAACUCUGGAGAAUGUGUACCUGGCAGACAGAACCACAGGCGUUCCUUUCAGCGCGGGCAAACAGCAGUAUAUCCUCCACUUUGAAGGAGAAGCAGGAUCCCAGCAGAUGUAUCAGCAGAACGUCAAAUACAAAACCAAGAGGGAGGUCAGACGACGGCCUCAGUUUGUGUCGGCUCUCGAUGUGAAGACGAAGCUCAAAGGUGGUACAUCAUCAUCACCAAGCUCCAGCUCCUCCACGGCUCAAAGUGUCCCAUCGCACUGGGACCUGAAUGCGCUGCCUGAUUUUGGCUACAAGCUCAUCACACUUUCCGACGCUUUAAAGGAUUUGACUUUGAUUAGGACACUGUUCAAGCGCACCAUGCCUCAGAGUCAGAUCAACAGCAUCCAGAGGAUACAGAACCCGUCUUUGUGGAAAGUCUUCCAGUGGCAGAAAGAGCAGAUGAAGAAGAGGAAUGGGGGGAAGGCUGUGAAUGAGCAGUACUUGUUCCACGGGACAGACGAGGGCCUGGUUGAGGCCAUCUGUGAGCAAAACUUCGACUGGAGGAUGUGUGGCGUCCACGGCACAGCCUAUGGCAAAGGGAGUUACUUUGCCAGGGAUGCAUCUUACUCAGACACGUAUUCCAGGGCCAAGGGAAGCCAGAAAAAGGUCAUGUUCGUUGCUCUGGUGCUGGUCGGGGAGUACACCAGAGGAAGCAGCAGCUACGUACGCCCGCCGCAGAAAGCCAGGAGCACAAUCCUCUACGACAGCUGCGUUGACCGUGAAAGUGAUCCCAGCAUCUAUGUCAUCUUUGAAAAACAACAGAUUUAUCCAGAAUAUAUCAUUAAUUACUCCUAAGUGAUCGCGCUGUUUCUUCCUUCCCUUGUUCAUUUGCUUUGACUUGUAGCAACAAGUCUGUUAAAUGUCUGUUUUUUCCGGUAGGUGAGAAGUCAGAUUAGCAUUAAGAAGCAUUGAUGUUUUAAUGGCAAAAUUCCACUAUAAUAUGGAUAUGGGAUGUGAUUAUAGGAUAAAUCAUUAAAUUGCCCAUAAUCAAUAAAUCGUGUGUUGUGACAGGUUGAACUACAUGGGUUCCUAUCCUCUAAGUUACAGUACAAGGAGCGCUUCUGUUUGGAAGUGCCAACAGAAGCGCUCAGAGUGUAUGCUUCAUUAUUCUACCUGCUUUUCCAUUAGGGGUUGUGGGACACUGAGCUCACAGUAGACUGGUACAGGCCGACGUAUACUGUAGAGACGGGCAUCAGAUAAACCUAAGAGAACAUUCAAACUGCAUUAACCAGUGUUAUUGAAGCCUACAACCUGUAGCUGUGUUUGGAACAUACCCUCUGAACACAAUGAAACUUUCCUUUGUGUAUGAAACUAACUGUGGUGACCUAAUAAUAUCAUAUAAUAACACAAAGAAAAUGCUGAAGGCAAAAAAAUGACCUGGAGUGGAAUGGGGAUCUCUUGUGUUUAUGUAAUAAACAUAUUGAAAAAUGCA